UUCAUUACUCUCUUAUCAAUUUCUUGGGGGCAUCAAUGGAGCUCUUGUUCAUGGCUGUCUCCUUGUUGUUGAUGGCCCUUUUUCUCUUCUCAUUUCUGUCAAAAUGGAAUGAAAUUACAUUCCAAAGAAAAGGGUUGCCCCUUGGCACUAUGGGCUGGCCGUUUUUUGGUGAGACUAAUGAAUUCCUUAAGCUUGGCCCCAACUUCAUGAAAAGGCAAACAAUCAGGUAUGGAAGAAUUUUCAAGUCACACAUACUAGGCAGUCCCACUAUAGUCUCAAUGGAUCCAGAACUAAAUAGAUACAUAUUAUUGAAUGAAGCAAAGGGAUUAAUUCCUGGCUAUCCCAAAUCUAUGUUGGAUAUACUAGGACAAAGAAACAUAGCUGCUGUGUAUGGAUCACAACAUAAGUUUUUACGGAAGAGUCUCAUGUCUAUAAUCGGAGCUUCGAUGGUCAAAGACCGCCUUCUGCCCCGGAUCGACAAGUACAUGAGGCUUCAUCUCUCAAAUUGGGAUGCUAUGGUUAUUGAUGUUCAACAAAAAUGUAAUGAUAUGGCAUUCUUGAUAGGAUUCACACAGAUUGUUGAAGCUGAGUUGAGUUCAAUUUAUGAUGGAUUCAAGGUUGAGUUUGAUAAGUUGGUUACCGGAUCGCUUUCUCUUCCUAUCAACCUCCCCGGCACGAGUUACUACAGAGGAUUUAAGGGCAGGGAGAAUGUAGUCAAGAUAUUGAGACGAUUGAUUGAGAAGAGAAGGGCUGCUUCUCCAGCAACAACGUACGAUGACAUGCUCGAACAUUUAGUGAGGGACGGCGCGUUGAAUGAUGAGGAGGUCAUUGAUCAGGUCAUCACAAUACUCUAUUCUGGAUAUGAGACAGUUUCCACAACCUCCAUGAUGGUUGUCAAGUAUCUCCAUGAUAAUCAACAAGCCUUGGAAGAACUAAGGGAGGAGCAUUUUGCGAUCCGGAGGAGGAAGGGAGCGGGGGAGCCGGUGGAUUGGGCCGACUACAAGUCCAUGAGGUUCACGCGUGCUGUUGUUCUUGAAACCCUAAGACUAGCUACUGUUAUUAAUGGACUCUUGAGGAAGGCAACACAAGAUAUUGUAUUGAAUGGAUUUCUGAUACCAAAAGGAUGGAAAAUAUAUGUAUACACAAGAGAGAUAAACUAUGAUCCAAUCCUCUAUCCAGAACCUUUGAAAUUCAAUCCAUGGAGAUGGCUGGAUAAGAAGUUGGAGUCACACAACCACUGCUUGCUGUUUGGAGGAGGAGGAAGAUUGUGCCCUGGAAAGGAACUUGGAAUAGCAACAGUUUCAACUUUCCUUCACUACUUUGUAACAACAUAUCGAUGGGAAGAAAUUGGAGGAGAGAAGAUAGUAGAAUUCCCAAGAGUUGAGGCACCAAAUGGGUAUCACAUAAGGGUGCUGAAGCUUUAACUAUAUUCUCACUAGGUUGGGCUUAAUCAAUUAGGUGUACGGAAAUGAUGAUCAAUAUACUAUAUCUAAUAGUUGGAAAUUUAUUUGUUUGAA